CUGAAAUAAGUUCAAUUGACAUGUGAUUGUGAAAUUAUUAGGUUUAAUUUUUUUUUUGGGAAUAUAUUUUAUUCAUAAGAUGCUAAAGUGGAACAAUUUAUUACAGCACAAUGAUUUUGUGAUUCUUCUGAAUUGUGUAAAUUUUUUAAAUAAAUAUAUCGUGAGAAAUUAGCAGGCAAAUAAUUUUCACAGAAAAGUAUAAACCAUUAAUAUGGACCCAAUAAGCAUUGGUGCAUCACAGCUGCAACUAGAAAUUCGCAGUAGUGAAGGAAAGCUCCGUGGCAAUGACACAGGCGAAAAGCAGGAAGAUGCGUUUAAGGAAGUCAUUACAAGCUGUAGGUCAUUAAGUAGUUUCGAGACAACUACCAUAAAAACUGCAAUUCCUCAGAUUAAUGCAGCAAUUGCCGCUGCGAGCUUUCAUAUUUAUGUAGGGAUUGCGUUAAGUUAUUCAGCAGUCUUAGUACCUCAGAUAGAAAGUCCAGACAGUGACAUUCCACAAGCUUCAAAAACCCUAACAUCAUUAUGUGCUUCUAUAGUCGUUCUAAUGGUACCUCUUGGUUCCCUCAUUGCUGGUUAUUUAAUGGAUAAAAUUGGACGUGUUAAUACAAUAAAAGUUGCAAUUUUUCCUGCAAUUAUCGGAUUUGUUGUUGUAGCAACAGCACCAGAUGUAUACUUUAUAUUAGCAGGUCGAAUUUUUAUGGGGGUUGCUUGUGCGAUAGGAACCAGUCCUGCUUAUGUUUAUAUAACAGAGGUUGCAAGACCAGAUCUUAGAGGAUCACUCAUUUCCUCUGCACCAACAAUUGCUUCACUUGGAAUGUGCUUGGCUUAUAUAGGUGGAGCAAUUUUCGAUUGGCGUACAACAGCUUGGCUAGCAAUCAUCUUUGCUAUCCUACCAGUCAUAUUAGUUCAACUUUUUGUCGUUGAAUCUCCAGUUUAUCUCGUGUCAAAAGGACGCAUUGAAGAUGCAGCAAAAUCAUUAACACAUUUGUACAAAAACUAUCCAAAACCUGAUCAAAAUGAAUCUCUUGCUGAUAUGCAUUUACGAGCUUUGUUGCGGGACUAUGAAAAGAAAAUUAUAGGAAACUCUAAAUUAGCGCCUGAAUUAGCAUUGAAAGAGAAUAAAAAGCCAACAAUAUGUCAAAAACUCAGCGAAUUUAAGAAACCAACGGGUUGGAAGCCACUGUUGAUUCUAUUCUUCUUGUUCUUCAUUCAACAGUUUAGCGGAAUUUAUAUCACAUUAUUCUACUCGGUCACAUUCUUACAGGAUGCUGGAGCUGAUGAAAUAGAUCCAUUUAUAUCUUCAAUAUUUCUUGGAGUUGUUCGUUUCAUCAUGUCACUUUUAAAUGCUUGGUUAUUGCGAAAAUUUAAAAGACGCUUUCUUGUUAUGGUGUCAUCAUUUUUCAUGGCUGCUUUUAUGUUCAUUUCUGGUGCUGUAACAAUAUGGAUUGAAGAAGGUGCAAAUGAAUUGCGAAUCGUUCCAGUUAUUUGCCUCUUAGGCUUUGUCUGCACCAGCAUGAUUGGCUUACUCUCAAUUCCAUGGACAUUAACAGCAGAAAUGUUUCCAACAUCGAUACGAAGCAUAGGUCAUAGCAUAACAUUCUCUGUGGCUAAUAUUCUAAUGUUUAUUGCCGUUCAAUGUUAUCGACCAUUAUUAUCAAUUCUCGGUGGAUCACAUGCUGUUCAAUGGUUUUUCGCAUUAUUUGCCAUUUUCGGAUUCUUCUUUGGCUUAUGUAUUCUACCUGAAACACAUGGAAAGAAGUUAUCGGAAAUUGAAGCAUAUUUUGAGAAAAAGAGUCCUGCAAGGAAUCGCGUCAAUGCUAGUGAUAUUUAUAGCGUGUCAGUAAACAAUAAAGAAAUUGAACAAAUGUUAAAGAGGAAGGACACAGCCUAAGUAUUUACACAUGACAAAAAAAAUAUUGAGUAUUCCUUUAGCUAUUAUAGAAUUUAUUGAUGUAUAGGAAAUAAGUUUUAAACGAUGAGCUUCGCAAUGUGACAAAUGAAUUUACGAUUUUUCCUGUCCAAUUAUUUUACACUUCCAAAGGAUGUGCGAUGAAUUUCGUAAAAAUUUUACUCAAUGAUAUCACUUGUUAAUGUAUAAAUAUAGACUCUUUGGCAACUCCUUUAAUGUAACAUGUCUUUAAAGCUUUAUCCCUUCAUAUCCCCAUUCUUGCAAGCACGUAUCAAAUAACGUGAAUGUAAAAGCACAGAAGUGUACUUAUCGAGGAAUGAGAAUAAAUACUUAAUGCACAAAGAACUCUUACCUAAAUACACGGAGAUACACAAAAUAGUCAUUUAAUAAAUCAUUUAUCUGAAAGUACAAUUUUCUCUUUUAAUUAUGAUAAAAGCAAAAUUAUUUUUGAGACAAAGAAAUCUACACAGUUCACAUUAAGAACAAAUUUUUAAGAAAAUACCUUUUGUUGUGUAAACCCGUAUGAAGAAAAUUUUAUUGAAAACGCUUGUUAAGCCCUAAAAAUGUUUUAUUAAUUUUUAUGAUAAUGUAACAUGCUGAUGUGCUGAUUAAAAAUAUAUUAUGCAUAAAAAUUUAAAAAAAAAACUAGCA